AUGAAAGAGCUCAAGGUUGACAAGCUCGUCAUCAACAUUUCGGUCGGUGAGUCGGGUGACCGUCUCACCCGUGCGACCAAGGUGCUCGAGCAGCUCACCGGCCAGACCCCCGUCACCAGCAAGGCCCGCUACACCCUCCGUGGUUUCGGUAUUCGCCGUAAUGAAAAGAUUGCGUGCCACGUCACCAUUCGCGGUGCCAAGGCCGAGGAGAUCCUUGAGCGUGGCCUCAAGGUCAAGGAGUAUGAGCUGCACAGGCGCAACUUCUCCGAGACUGGCAACUUUGGUUUCGGUAUCACGGAGCACAUUGACUUGGGUCUUAAGUACGACCCUGGUAUUGGUAUCUUUGGUAUGGACUUCUUUGUAUGCAUGACCCGCCCUGGUGCUCGUGUCGCGCGCCGCAAGAGCCGUGCUUCGCGCGUCGGCUACUCUCACCGUGUGAAGAAGGAAGAGACUGCCGCGUGGUACAGGCAGCGCUUUGACGGCAUCAUUGUGAGGUAA